CCACCUAAAAACGGGUUAACUAAUUGCCUUUAUUGAUUUUCACUCAUAAUUUGUUCAUAUUUCACAUUUUGGGUAAUAUCCAUUUUUAUUUUGAAAACCGGAAGUUUAUUUUGUAAAGAAACCGGAAGUAGUGCUCCAUAACGCUCACUCUCGCUUAACAUCGCUAAUACGGACCGAGCACAUGCUUCUGCUUUCUCCCGUGUGGGUAUAAAACGAGGGAAAAAGAAUGUCCGAGAACCAUCAAGGAAGCAUGUAACUUGUCCUGGCUUCUCUGGUGGAAAAAAAACUCCUUCCUUGGUCAGGUCUUUUUGCGAUGUCCAAAAGACUUCUGAAGAUCCGGUCCUCCAACAAGGUGGGCCAGAGAUCCAUUUGAAGGCGAGGCUCCCAUGACAAAUUGUGAAGUCAACCACCACAGCUCUCAACAAUCGGAUCCCGUGGUAGGAUAGUGCCAAUCUUGCUGAAAGGCACCAACAAGAUCUCAAUCCGGAUAUUUACCCAAUAUCCAUGACUUUUGACUAUUCCCCCUGACUUUAUGACUGAACUGAUCUUGGAUCUAUAAAGAACAUUUUCCGCAAGGAACUAAUUGGAAAACAAAAGGACUGUUUGAAAGAGACAAUUUAUUUUAUUUUAUUUUUUAUUUUUAUUUUAUUUUUGGGCCCAGGUUAUGUGCGCACCAUUUCAUGUUGUAAACUGUUGCCAUGUUUGUAAACCAAAUAUUUUCUAAACCAAAAGAAAAAACUAAAGUUUACAAUUUUCACAAAUUUAAACCAGUGUCGCCCUGUUAUUGCUUUAGCUCACGGCUCACCGGUUCUACGGACCUAGGCGUGUACAUACUCUGAAGAGGGUUACACGGUAAAACGUGGCGAGCCAGCCAGGAGCUGUGAUUAAAGUAAUAACCCAGAGGCCUUUCCGAUCAGAAAUUUCCUUUAAGUGUGAAUUGGCACAUUUCUACCAACAUGGAUGUGAUCGAGACAGAAGGUAUAAAGGUUCCCAAUGCUCUCAUUGUAUCAGGUUUGACACAUACUGAAGUUGACGAGGAAAUUUAUGAGUUUUUAAAGCAAUUUGGGUCUAUUGACAGAGUUGUGAAGGUUUCAGAAAAAAACUCUGAGUUUUAUGGUAAAGCUUUUGUAGAAUAUGCAUCUGGUGCUGCUAUGGAGGCAUUUGAGAAAGGUUUACCAAUUGAUAAACUUUGUGAAUCAGAUAAGAGAGUUGUUUUCCAUAUUGAAGCCCGAGCUAAGGUAUACUCAAAUGAAAAGGGUACUGAUCUAACCAAAACCUUUCUAACAGACCUGCAAAAUAUUGCCAAACUCAGUGGGAGAUCUUUUGAACAUCUGCUGCAUGACGAACUCUCGAGAAUCACUGGACUAAUAAAAGAACAAAGUGGUACAGGUGUACUUCAGGUUUCAGUCGUGAGAUCUGCGGAAACAGCUUCAAGCCCGGUUUCUCCUGAUGCUACUCUAACAGACUCUGGCACUGAUGGUCAAAAUCUCAGUCUUGACCCAUCUAACUUGACUUCCAGACCUCCAGAAAAAGCUUUGCCAACUCAGGUGGGGUCAGUAACUUCAUUCUUUCCAUAUGCUGACGACCUUAACCCACCUGAAGUGCAGCGCGUAGUGGUCGAACACAUUGUCAAAAGUUCAGACUUCUCUUCUCAGAUACACGCACCAGCCAAACUCAGACCCUUUUCUGGCAAAAGUCCUUGCCCAAACUUUGAGGUCGAUUACGAAACUUGGAGAAGCAGUAUUGAAUGUCAUUUGGCUGAUCCUUCUGUUUCCAGUGCACAGCUGGUGAGGCGGAUUGUUGACAGUCUACUUCCCCCUGCUGCUACUGUAGUCAAGUCGCUAGGUCCUCAUGCAAAUCCAAAAGCUUUUAUAGACCUGCUUGAUUCAGCUUAUGCAACAGUGGAAGAUGGGGAUGAGCUUUUUGCCCAGUUUCUCAAUGUCAAUCAGAACUCGGGCGAGAAACCUUCUAACUAUCUUCAAAGACUCCAAACCUUUCUGAAUCGAAUUGUAAAAAUAAAAACCAUUGCUCCCCAAGAUUCUGACAAGCAGCUCUUAAAGCAAUUCUGUAGGGGCUGCUGGAACAAUGUGCUGAUUAACAACCUUCAGCUUGAGAAACGUAAAGAUAAUCCGCCCACUUUUCCAGAGUUUUUACUCCUUUUGCGAGUAGAGGAAGACAAACAAACUGCAAAGCAAACAGGAUGA